AUGGACGAGCAGCAGUUCGUCGGCCUUCUUGAGGCGCUUUUGCAGCCUGACACUGAGGGUGUCAAGUCUGCCACUGCGACGCUUAAUAAGCAGUACUAUACUUCGCCUGCAUCCCUCAACGCCCUUCUCCAGAUCAUCUGCAACCACCCGAAGCCUGAGCUCCGCCAGUUGGCCGCUGUCGAGGCCCGCAAGUUGGUAACGAAGCACUGGGCGGGCCUCCCCGCCGAUCAAAAGGCAUCUCUACGGAAUCAAAUCUGCCAGUUCACACUAAAUGAGGAAAUGACCCUCACCAGGCACUCUGCUGCCCGUGUCAUCGCCGCCAUUGCGACGCAGGACUUUGAGGACGGCGAGUGGGGGGAUUUGCCGGCCUUCCUACACCAGGCCGCCACAAGCACAAACGCAAGGCACAGAGAAGUUGGCACAUAUAUCAUCUGGACCACCCUCGAGACCGUCGGUGAUGCUUUCCCUGGAAAGAAGGUCGAUUUGUACAACCUCUUCAGCUCGACCAUUAAGGACCCUGAGAGCGCCGAAGUGCGGGUGAACACAAUGUUGGCUUUGAGCAGACUGGCUAUGCUCCUUGAACCGGAUGAAGAACCCAAAGAGCUUGCCAUGUUCCAGGACUCUAUCCCCGGCAUGGUUACUGUCCUGCAAGCCACCGUGCAGGAAGGCGACGAAGAUCAUGCUCUUCAGGCGUUCGAAGUGUUCCAGACCCUCCUUGGUUGUGAAUCUGCUCUUCUUCAGAAGCACUUUGCCGACCUAGUCAAGUUCAUGAUUGAGCUUGCCGCCAACAAAGAGGUUGAUGACGACUACCGAUCGCAGGCUCUUGCUUUCCUGAUGCAGUGCGUCAGGUAUCGCAAGCUGAAGGUUCAAGGCUUGAGGAUUGGCGAGGAGCUCACUCUGAAAGCUCUGCAGAUUGUGACAGAGCUGGGCGACCUUGCCAGUGAGGAUGAGGACGUUACUCCUGCCCGCUCUGCUCUCGGUCUCCUUGACAUCCUUGCCUCCAGUCUGCCUCCUAGCCAGGUUGUCAUUCCUCUCCUCAAGGCUCUCGGAGGAUACUUCUCUUCUCAGGACCCAGACUACCGUCAAGCCGGUGUCCUCGCUCUCGGCAUGUGCGUUGAAGGCGCGCCCGACUUCAUUGCUACGCAACUCCACGAGAUUCUGCCUGCAGUGCUGCAUUUGCUCGAGGACCCUGAUCUCAAGGUCCGCGGUGCCGCCUUGAACGGUGUGGCUCGUCUGGCCGACGAUCUUGCCGAAGACGUUGGCAAGGAGCACGCUACCCUCAUUCCUGCCAUGAUUAAGAACUACGAUCUGGCGGUCAACAACCUGAACGAUGAGCGCAGCUUGCAAAUUGUUCGUGGCAGCUGCCAUGCCAUCGACUCCUUGAUUGAGGGCCUUGACCCAGAGGAUGCUGCCAAGUACGUCUCUGAGCUGGUGCCUCGUUUCAGCAAGCUUUUUCACCACGAAGACUUGAAGACCAAGGUUGCAGCUAUCGGUGCAGUUGGGUCCAUUGCCUCUGCCUCCGAGGAGGCCUUUCUCCCCUUCUUCGAGCAGACCAUGAACGCGCUCUCUCAAUAUGUCACCAUCAAGGACAGUCAAGAGGAACUUGAACUCCGCGGUGUUGUCUGCGAUUCUCUUGGCAAGAUCGCCUCCGCGGUUGGCGCCCAGCCGUUCGAACCGUACGUUAUGCCCUUGAUGCAGGCGUCUGAAGAAGCUCUGCACCUAGACCAUCCUCGCCUCCGUGAGACCAGCUACAUCCUAUGGUCCACCAUGGCUAAAGUCUACGAGGAAGGCUUCGAGAAGUUCCUCGCUGGUGCCGUCAAGGGCCUCAAGGAGUGUCUUGAGCAGGACGAAGAUGCCGAGCUUGUUGAGCUCGGAGAGCAGGCCAAAGAUCUGAUUGGCACCGAGGUCGUCAUUGAGGGCCGCAAGGUCAAGGUUGCUGCUGCUACUGACGAUGACGAUGACUUUGAUGACCUUAAUGAGGCUGCCAUGGAUGCGGAUGACGAUUGGGACGACAUUGCUGGCGUCAGUGCUGUUGCCAUGGAGAAGGAGAUUGCAGCUGAAGUGCUUGGUGAUAUCAUAUCUCACACCAAGCGCGCAUUUAUGCCUUACCUCCAGGACACCAUCGAGAAGCUUCUUGAGCUUGUCGACCACAACUAUGAGGGUAUCCGCAAGGCUGCUCUUGGCACUCUAUGGCGCACAUACGCCACUCUUUUCCAGCUCGCCGAGACUGAGGGUAUGGCGAAAUGGCAGCCCGGCCUUCCUCCCCAGGUUGACCCACCUGCCGAUAUCAAGAAGCUAGGCAAUCUUGUGAUGACCGCCACCAUGGCUGUUUGGCAAGACGAGAUGGACCGUGGAACCGUCACAGACAUUAACCGCGAUGUUGGCUCUACUCUCAAGCUUUGUGGUCCUUCGAUGCUCAUGUCUGAGAAGGGCACCGUUGUCCCUGAGAUGGUGCAGCAGCUUUUGGCUAUCAUCACCAAACGCCACCCGUGCCAGCAAGAUCUGGGUGAUGACGAAGAAGGCGACGUUCUGGACGAAUCUUCGGAGUACGACUGGCUUGUCAUCGAGACGGCCAUGGAGGUUGUCACGUGCCUUUCCGUAGCCCUCGGGCCCGCUUUUGGCGAGCUGUGGAAGGCUUUCGAGAAACCCAUUGUAAAGUACGCCAGCAGCCAAGAGCACAUUGAGAGAAGCGCAGCUGUCGGUACCAUUGCAGAGUGCGUUGGCAAUAUGGGCGAGGCUUGCACGCCCUACACCACCAACCUUCUUAAGCUCCUUGUGCACCGCCUGUCGGACGAGGACCCGGAGACCAAGUCCAACGCUGUGUAUGGUAUCGGCCUGCUUUGCGAGAAGACCACCAGCGACGCCGAGAUUCUUAGCUCGCUGCCCACGAUCUUCAGCAAGCUUGAGCCGCUGCUCGAUGCUCAGGACCAGGCACGCCUGCUUGAUAACACGGCAGGAUGUGUCAGCCGUUUCAUCUCUAAGCAUCCCGACAAGAUGCCCAUUGCCGAAGUGCUUCCCCGUCUCAUCCAGCUUCUGCCCUUGAGGGAGGAUUACGAGGAAAACAAGCCCAUCUUCAGCAUGAUCGUGAAGCUCUACCAGGCCAAUGAGCCCACGAUCCAGCAGGCUACGCCGACGCUUAUGCCAAUCUUCGAGAAGGUGCUCAGCCCACCUGAGGACCAGUUGGAGGACGAGACUCGGGCCCAACUCGUUGAGCUCGUCAAGUACCUCCAGAAGUAAGGGAAAUGUAUGCAAGGAAUUGUGAUGUUGAAUACCCGGCUUUGGGCCAUGAUGAGCGAUGACUGUAAUGAGUGGCAGGGAUAGAUAGCGGCGAAAGCCAUGCGAUGACACAAAAGCGACUACCUGAAUGAAAUUGAUGUUACAUGGAGC